AUGAAUAUGCAAGACGCUAAUAAAGAAGAGUCGUACUCAAUGUAUCCCAAGACCUCUUCUCCGCCACCACCCACACCAACAAACAUGCAAAUCCCCAUCUACCAGGCACCCAUGCAGAUGUACGGCUACACCCAGGCGCCCUAUCUAUAUCCAACGCAAAUGCCCGCGUACUCGCUCAAUAUGGUCACCCAAAACCAGGCGAUGUAUCAUCAGAAUACUAGCCCACACUACCUGCCUCCUCAAAACAACAUGAACACCGGGAGCGCCAAUGGCAACAACAGCAUAAACAAGAAGAAGUGGCACUCCAACGGGCCUGCCAACAACAGCAAUGGCCAGAACGCCAAUUCAAACGGCACCGGUGUGAAUUACAACAAAUCUCACAACUACCACCACAACUACUCAAACAGCCAUAUCCCCAUGAUGAACGGCGCAAACAACGGCAGCAACAACACACCCGUCAAGAAGCAGGCCAAUUCUUCCAGCACCAAUGGCUCGACCCCCUCUCCUUCAUACAACUCCUCGCCGCAGUAUGACUUAUUCAAGUUCGAUGUAACUAAAUUGAAAAACCUCAAAGAAAACUCGUCAAACUCCAUUCAGCUGCCACUGUUCAUCAACACCACGGAAUCGGAAUUCGCUGCGGCAAGUGCCCAGAGAUACGAUCUAAACUUGAAGUCUUUAAACUUGGACUCCAAAAGUUUGGAAGAACACACUAAAGAAAAGAGCACCACCCAUCACCAGAGGGAAAGUCACACGAUAUCAAAAAACGGCGAAGAAACUGAGGCAGAAGUGGAAUCAGAAGUAGAUAAAGAAACCAAAGAUAGAGACGAUAAAAAACCACCAGCGAGCAAAGAUAACCGCGAACAUAAAAGGAAAGUAGAACCAAAGAAAGACGACACCGAGAAGGAACAAGGUGAAGAAGCUAUCUUGGAGGCGCCAGUCCCUACCGUUUCGCCUCUUGUGGAAAAUGAGGAGUUAGAAGAGAUGGCUGACGAAGAUACCGCCAAGGCGUCGUCGUCACCUACACUCCCUACUGCCAAAUCUUGGUCCGCCAUUGCCUCAGACGCAAUCAAGAGCAGACAGGCCAGUAACAAGUCAGCCUCGGGUUCCACCAUUUCCUCAGCUUCCGCUUCUACAACAGCAACAACCACGCCAUUAUCGACAGCAGCCACAGCAAAAACCAAUUCUUCGCUAUCAUCAAAGCAACCUCAAAGAAAGGACAAAAAAUACGUCCCACCUUCCACUAAAGGUAUCGAACCACUAGGUUCCAUUGCAUUAAGAAUGUGCUUCGAUCCUGAUUUCAUCAGUUACGUUUUGCAAAACAAAGACACCGAAAAUAAGAUUCCAUUACAUUCCAUCAUUCCAAGAGGUAUAAUCAAUAGGGCCAACAUCUGUUUCAUGAGUUCUGUAUUACAAGUCCUACUUUAUUGCCAACCGUUCAUCGACGUAUUAAACGUCUUGAGCACACGGAACACAAAUUCAAGAAUAGGAACCUCAUCAUGCAGACUAUUAGAUGCCUGCUUAACCAUGUAUAAACAAUUCGAUAUGGAAACGUAUGAAAAAUCAUUAGAAAGUGCAAAUGAAAAUGAAAAGUCUACAGAGACAGAUUCAAAGAAACCAAUCAAAUCUAAGAAUUUCCAACACAAUGCUACCGCAGAGGCUGUCAAACCGGAUGAUUUUUACAAGACUUUGUCCACAAUUCCUAAAUUCAAAGACUUACAAUGGGGCCAUCAGGAGGAUGCUGAGGAGUUUUUGACUCAUUUAUUAGAUCAGUUACACGAAGAAUUAAUAUUCGCCAUUGAUGGUUUAACCGACAACGAAAUUCAAAACAUGUUGCAAAGCAUCAAUGAUGAACAAUUGAAGAUUUUCUUCAUCAGAAACUUAUCGCGUUAUGGCAAGGCGGAAUUCAUUAAGAAUGCAAGUCCCAGAUUAAAGGAAUUGAUAGAGAAAUAUGGCAUGAUUAGUGACGACUCUACCGAAGAGAACGGUUGGCAUGAAGUUAGCGGUACUAGCAAAAGAGGUAAAAAGACCAAGACUGCGGCCAAGAGAACUGUGGAGAUUGUUCCGUCACCAAUUUCGAAAUUGUUUGGUGGCCAAUUUAGAUCCGUACUAGAUAUACCAAACAACAAAGAAUCUCAAUCAAUUACACUGGAUCCAUUCCAAACAAUCCAAUUGGAUAUUUCAGACUCCAGCGUGAAUGAUCUGGAAACUGCAUUCAAAAAAUUUAGCGAAUACGAACUAUUACSAUUCAAAUCCUCUUCGGGCAAUGAUGUCGAAGCCAAGAAGCAAACAUUUAUCGACAAAUUACCCCAGGUUCUUUUGAUCCAGUUUAAACGGUUUUCAUUCAUAAACAACGUGGAUAAAGAUAACGCAAUGACAAACUAUAAUGCAUACAAUGGACGUAUCGAGAAGAUAAGGAAGAAAAUCAAAUAUGGCCAUGAAUUAAUUAUUCCUGAAGAAUCAAUGUCUUCUAUAACGUUGAAGAGCCACGCCUCAGGCAUCGCCGAUAGAAAUUAUAAACUAACUGGUGUGAUUUAUCACCACGGCGUAAGCUCCGAUGGCGGCCAUUACACGGCAGAUGUUUAUCACAGUGAGCAUAAUAAGUGGUACAGAAUUGACGAUGUAAAUAUUAUUGAACUGGAAGACGAUGAUGUUUUGAAGGGUGGUGAGGAAGCUUCUGAUUCAAGAACUGCCUAUAUUUUAAUGUAUCAAAAGAAAAAUUAA